CACAUCAGAUUGCAUACACUGACAACAACAGUGUCAAACACAAACUAAACAACAAACGAAUAAGUACCCAUUAGUCCAUUUUCAUUUUCCCACAAAGAAUAAUUCACCUUUUCUCAUACAAAAAACCAUUUCUUGAUUGAUUGAGUUAGUGAUGGAAGAAAGACCAGAAACUGAACUAAUUUCAAUACCAGCAACACCACGUGCAUCAACACCUGAGAUACUAACACCAUCAGGUGUAAGGUCACCAAGGGGUGGACAUACAUCAACUGGUGGUGUAUCUAAAGAUGCUAAGUCAUGGACACCAACUUCAUUUAUUUCACCUAGAUUUUUGAGUCCUAUUGGUACACCAAUGAAAAGGGUGUUAGUUAAUAUGAAAGGUUAUUUAGAGGAAGUUGGGCAUUUGACCAAGCUUAAUCCUCAAGAUGCUUGGCUUCCUAUUACUGAGUCACGUAAUGGCAAUGCUCAUUAUGCUGCUUUUCAUAAUCUUAAUGCUGGUAUUGGGUUUCAAGCUUUGGUUUUGCCUGUUGCUUUCUCUUUUCUUGGAUGGAGCUGGGGAAUAAUUUCCUUAACUAUAGCUUAUUUCUGGCAACUCUAUACUUUAUGGAUCCUUGUUCAGCUGCAUGAAGCAGUUCCCGGGAAGAGAUACAAUAGAUAUGUGGAACUUGCGCAAGCAGCUUUUGGUGAAAGACUUGGGGUUUGGCUUGCUCUCUUCCCUACUGUUUACCUAUCUGCAGGGACUGCGACAGCUUUGAUUCUCGUAGGAGGUGAAACCAUGAAGAUGUUCUUUCAAAUUGUUUGUGGUCCGCUCUGUUCAUCGAAUCCUUUAACAACUGUUGAGUGGUAUUUGGUUUUCACUUCCCUCUGCAUUGUUCUAUCCCAACUCCCGAACCUGAACUCCAUCGCUGGACUCUCCCUCGUUGGAGCAGUGACAGCAAUCACAUAUGCCACUAUGGCGUGGGUCCUCUCUGUAAGCCAACCAAGACCACCUUCAAUUUCAUACGAACCCAUUUCAUUGCCUACCUAUACAGCUUCUCUCUUUUCUGUCUUGAAUGCCAUGGGUAUUAUAGCAUUUACCUUUAGAGGACACAAUUUAGUUCUUGAAAUUCAGGCAACUAUGCCAUCAACUUUCAAGCACCCAGCUCAUGUGCCAAGUUGGAAGGGAGCAAAAGUUGCUUAUUUCUUCAUAGCCAUGUGCCUGUUCCCUAUUGCCAUUGGAGGCUUCUGGGCUUAUGGAAACCUUAUGCCAUCGGGAGGAAUGCUAAGUGCCCUAUACGCCUUUCACAUUCACGAUAUUCCAAGAGGACUUCUCGCCAUGACAUUUCUCUUAGUCGUUUUCAACUGCUUGAGCAGUUUCCAGAUUUACUCGAUGCCAGCAUUUGACAGUUUUGAAGCUGGAUACACCAGCCGUACCAACCGACCAUGCUCAAUCUGGGUCCGUUCCGGUUUCAGAAUAUUUUUCGGAUUCGUUUCGUUCUUUAUCGGAGUGGCACUUCCGUUCCUGUCGAGUCUUGCAGGGUUGUUAGGAGGACUCACACUUCCAGUAACGUUUGCUUAUCCUUGCUUCAUGUGGGUCCUCAUAAAGAAGCCUACCAAGUAUAGCUUUAACUGGUAUUUCAACUGGAUCCUUGGAUGGUUAGGUGUUGCUUUUAGCUUGGCUUUUUCGAUCGGAGGAAUUUGGAGUAUGGUCAAUAAUGGACUUAAACUCAGGUUCUUUAAGCCCAGCUAAGAGAUGAAUAAGAAGUUUGGUAUGUAGACUUCUAUUUGCUAGUAGUUUGUAAUGUGUGUUUCUAUUCUAAGCUUGAGAAAAGGUGAAGUGGAGAAAGAAUGCGCCCGUGUUUGUCGAGUUGUUCCGGGUAGGGGGCGGGGUUGGGAAAGGAAAGGAAUAUGUAUAAAGCCAUAGGUACAGACAUGUUCUUGUUUGCUGCCUUUUGGAAUCUGGUGUUGUGUCAACUUGUGAAAUGCUCCAAUUUGAAGAAUAUAUAGAACCACUUGGCUUAAAAAAAAA